UUCUACAACAAGUUCAGCCCCAAAGGAAACACAACAGACGCGGCCCGGCCACGUGUUUGUGGUGACCCGGACAUGCUUAGUGACGUCCGCCAUAAUAAGUGUUUCAAGCACACUUUAAAACACGGGAAAGUCAAACACAAAUGACUAAAUAGGUCAGCCCAUAUGUCUGAAUCAUGAUUGGCGCCAACCAUUCACGGGAGGGAUAUUUUGGUAAGAUUCUCAUAACUUUUCUUAGUAAUCAAUGGCAAACAUAUUAUUGUCGGUUUAAAAUUAUCAUUAUUCGCAUCAAUCACAACUUUCAAACACACAAAAAUAGAUUCAUCAGUACUUUAUACUUUUUUUAUCCGCACCUUUUUUGUAUUUAAGACCUUUAACCCCUGCAGGGGCAUAAAAUGGAAUCGUCCAAGUCAGGCCAUUGACGUAAUGUUUGAAUCAGACAACAAAGGGGCACUAGGGCUAAAUAGAGACGCCGGUGCUUUGGAACAACAGAUUUGUUUUGACUUUGAACACCGGUACCUGGACGUUCCGCAACUGAUUCUGGUCUUUCUUCGAAACGUUUUUGCUUUUUAGGCGAUACUUUCUCCGGAUAGGAAGAAAGCGGCCGCUCUACUAAAGGCGCGGGAAAUUCAGGACUAGUACUAAAGUACGUAUGUACGCGUUGAGAUACGCUUUGGACGCCGGCAACAUGCCUGCUUGUUGGAGCUCGCGUCACGAGAUUAGUGAGGGGGUAGCGGUGUGCGGCUUGUCGCCCGUCGAGGCGUUGGGACACGUCGGCACGCCAACCCGAGAGAACCCCCGCGGCCGGCAGCCGUCGGCACCGAUCCCGAUCAAGACCGCCGUGUUCUCAACGUCAAGUCGCCAGGUCGGCGUCAGCACGGACCAAUCCUUACGGACGCUCGCCAAGCCGCCCUUGCCAGUCCCGACAAAGUCGUCCCCGAUAUCGACAUUAACGGACCUUCCGCGGAGACUACUACUGUCCAAACCGGCGGCGUCGGCGCCGAUUCCGAUCAAAUCCUCGACGUCUCCGGCGUCGGUUCCCGUCAGCGGAAGUCCUCGGCGGACGCCGUCGCCCCUGUCGGUCCCCGUCGGAGUGAGUCCCCGGCGGACGGCGAGGGAGCCGCUCUGGUCCGAGACAGAGAUGCUGCGGUUCUGGGCCGUGAUAGAACCUUACAUCAAACAGCUCAUCUCAGGAGAGGCGCCCAUGCCUGCUCACGACAUGGACUUGUGGGAUUGCGAACCGGACAGUGUAGAGAACAUCGAGGGGUGUCUGCUGGCCGUACAGGACCUGAUCUGUAGCGGGAACUACAGCAAGGCGCUAGCGGGAAUCAGGGCCGCAAGACUAUACUUUGAAAUACCGGAGAACUCUUCUAGAAAGGCACUGGCUCUGCUGAGGGAGGAAGACGAGUUGGAGGUUUUCAAACAACUCUUCAUGAAACAAGAUCCAGUCAGGAAACUACUUUUGGACGACAGCCAACGGCCUCACUCCUUCUAAAAACAUGAUCGGAACCAUGUCAGUGACUUGGGGGUCAAUGACCGAUGCCCGUGGUUGCACCCUCGAGUGCCCGGACGAUGAUCGGAAGUCGGCAGGAACACUUCGGCUAUCUUCGGGAAUGUCCGGAAUUUCCUGUCGAUAUGGAUGGACGCGAACAGGCCAAAGUUUAUUGAACGGACACUCUCUAAAGUAAUUAUAAUAAUUAGAUACAAUGUAUGCUCAGGGAAUGAGAAGUUGUGGAAAGCGCAUCGUAAUUAAAUCAGAGAUUUGCCAAUUUUUUGUAUGACAGGGAAUGGCGAAUAUGGCCAAAGCAAUAAUGACAAAUACCGCUAGGUGCUACAUUAUAUUCUAUGUUUAUCAUGACAAGCUACCAAAGACAUUCAUAUCUGUUUAUUUCAUCAUCAUAUGAAUGUUUUCAUUCAUCCAAAACAAGUUACACGUUGAUAACACAUACAUAGGUAUGAAGAAAUUUUCUCUAUUGCGAAAUUUCAGGGGCGAAUCACGAAAUGAUGGUAGCGGGAGAGGGGAAACAUUUUCGCCCCCCUCAUGCUUUCUGGUCUGCCCCUAAUAUGAAACGUAAUGUUUAAAUGAUUAGCUGUUGUAACUAUGAUUUACUUGUUGAGUUAUGUUGUCCUUUGUGCUUUUAUGUAUGUUUACGAAUAUUUUUGUUUAUCUGACAUUUGUUUGUUUAUCAUUUCCGUCCAUGAAGUUGUUUUUUUUUACCUUUCUAUGAGGGAAAACGUUUCUUUUAUCGCCAGUAUAUAUUAUUUUAUAGUAUUUUAAAAGUUUUCUUAAAUCGUUUUAGUUUACGUCAUUUCAGUCAUAUAUAUCUACAUGUUGUAAAAUCCAGGAUCUAUCAGAAUACAAAUUGACAUCAUUUGCAUAUUCAUACCAAAGAUAAAACCUGCCAGUGCCAUUAUUAAUAUCUCAGUGGACUUGUUACAUCCCAACCUAUUUAUUUAUUUAUUUAUUUGAUUGUUAUAUCAAGUUUAUUACUUGUGCAAUAAAGGUGAUCAAAUCAUCAAAGCAUUUUCUGCCAAUAGAUUACG